AACUGUUGCUGUGGAAGGUAGUCAGGAAAACGAGCGAUGAGAGAUAGAGGUAGAGAGAGAGCGAGAAGAUGGGAAGGCGGACGGCACGGAGCAGAGAGUUCUUUGGCAGAAAGGAACAGGGUCGAGCAGAUCAAGGCCGAGUAUGGAAAGGCAGCAGAAGGCAAGAACCUUGGGGAUAUGAUUGAGGUGAAUAGAUCGAAAUACAGCCUACAGGAGAAAGCUGAUGCACCGUUCGUGAGGAACAUGGGUGGUGCUCAACAACACAGAAGCUACGCGGAGGUGGUGAAGGAGGGCCAACAGGUGAAAGGGAAGCUGAAUAGAAUUGAUGGUGAGCAUGAAGGGCAAACAUGGAAGGCUAAGGAAGAAGUUAAUAAUCAAACGGGACUCAAAUUAAAGGCCAUGAAGGAUGACGAGGAGUGGCUGAAAGGAUGCAUGGUUGGUACAGUUCAUUCUGUAGAGUCGGCUCCACUUUUGCAAGAAAAGUUCUUUAUGGAAGGCUACUUUACCUGCAAAAUCCGUCCAAUGGGAGGGAAACUAGUGUUGCUAGAAGGAAGUGACAGGGACGAAAUGAAGGAUCUUUUGGAGCUCGCCGCUGAUUGGCUUGGACAUUGGUUUGAAGACAUCAAGCCUUGGUCCCUUGAAAUAGUGGCAACUGAACGCUUCACUUGGCUAAAAUAUCAAGGAAUGCCUGUUCAUGGCUGGAAUUUAGAUAACUUUUCGACUUUAGGCUGUUUAUUUGGAAAGUUUCCGUGCUUAGAUGACAGUACAAGCAAAAGAAAGCAUUUCGAUGUGGCAAGGUUUCUCAUCUCCACUCCAAUUAUGGAAUUUAUCUCAAGGACAAUUACAAUUACAGUCAAUGGAGCCCUAUGCAAGAUCAAAGUCAUGGAGGAGGAAUCCACAAAUAGCUUAUUUAAAGUGAGUUCAGAUUGGAUUUCGGCUAAAAAGUGGAACUCGGAGGAUCAUGAAUCCGGGUCGGGUGCUAGUGAUUCUAGUGGCAAAUAUGAAGUUGAUAGCCAUGGAGAUUACAGUAGAAACCUAGACUUUCUGGAAUUUGAAAAAGGAUUGCAGGUUGAAGAUGAUGACAUGGCGCAAAUCUGGUGGGAGAAGGACGAAAAGUCAGUGAACAAACCCAAAGAUGGGAGUGACAACGGCAUGCAAGGAAAAGACGUGCAGGAAAUGGGUGUCAGUAUGACCGCUGAAAGUUCCCAAGGCAUGCAGUCGAAUGAUGAAUGUCAAGAGAUUGUGCCAGACAGUUUGAAUUUGGUUCAAAAUCAAGGCAAUACUAAUGGUGAUAGCAUCAAUACUUCAGUAGAUAAAGAGUUGAACGGUAUAGAGGAUACAAAGGGAAUUGGGCCUAUUGAGGAUAACAACAAUGGGCUUUUGGAGUAUGAAAAACUUGGGCUGGUUGCCCAAGAUGCAAAUAAGGAUGAACCAUCAGAAGUGAAUUUCUGGGAAGGGAUUGACAAUGACUCAGGAAAGCUAGCACAUUGGAUGGUCAGGGGAGAAAGAAAGAAGCAAAAGAAGAGAGAAAGAAGGCAAGCAAAAAAGGCAAGGUUGUGUAUUGAGGUCUUCAAGCAUUCUAGACGCUGUUCGGAAACAAAGGGGAAUAAAAGGGGGAAGCAGUUGCUAAGCUACAAGGAUAGAUGCUCAGAAAUCGCCCCGGAGUUUCUGCCGGCAUCACAAAGCAAAGUAGCUGGGAUUUCUAUAGCAGAUAGUGACAUCAAAAAUAGAAAUCGAAGUCUUCUUGGUUGUCAUCGGAGCAAAGAAGCAGAGAAAAUAUGGGAAUUUGGGAAGAAAAUUGGAGUAACGGCUGACGGAAAUGAAGUUGAGAUUGCUCAAAAAAUUGAAGAAAUGGAAGACAAGGACCGAAGGGCAAAACAAGCUUUGGAGAAGCAAGACGAGAAGGAAGGUGAUUUCAACGCUGUGAAAGAGCAUCAAGAACGUGCUGGAAGCAGGGGAAAUGCUAGAGAAAUUAGAGAGUUCAAAAACUUCAUCAUGGAUUUAGGCUUGAUUGAUUUGCCAUUAAUUGGGAGAAAAUACACAUGGUAUCAUUCAAAUGGAACCUCAAUGAGUAGACUGGACAGAUUUUUAGUCUCAGAAGAAUGGCUAUUGAAUUGGGAAGAUGUGAGGCAGUGGGGAUUGAAAGGGUCUAUCUCAGAUCAUUGUCCAAUUUUGCUAAAGAACCAAAAAGUGGAUUGGGGUCCUAAACCGUUUAAAUUCUUCGAUGUGUGGAUGGAGCAGCCAGGAUUUGAGAAGUUAAUACAUGAUUCUUGGUCAUCUACUAAGAUUCAUGGGUGGAAAGGCUAUAUCUUGAAAGAGAAAUUGAAAAGAUUGAAAGGUGCUCUAAAGAAUUGGAGUAGAAAUUAUAUGGUGGAGGUUGACAAAAAGAUUUGUAUUGCAGAAGAUAAAAUUGCAGAACUUGACAUGAAAGGAGAAAGACAAAGGCUUACUGUUGGAGAGGUGCAAGCCAGAAAAGAAUCAUUUGCAAAACUCUUGAAGAAUGUCAGAAUCAAAAAUAGGAUCUGGCAUCAAAAAGCUCGAAGAAUGUGGCUACGAGAAGGUGAUGCUAAUACAGCUUUUUACCAUAAAUGCAUCAAGAGUAGAUUGAUGAAAAAUGAAAUAAAUUGCAUUAUGGUUAAUGGUUGCCAACGUGUUGAGGUGGAUGACAUUAGAGAGGAAAUUGCUAAAUAUUUUCAAUCAUUAUUUAAGAAUGAGGAAUGGGUUAGACCAACACUUGGUGGGCUGAAUUUCAAUCAGAUCUUUGAAUCACAAAAUCAAAUGCUCACAGCUCAAUUCUCUAAAGAGGAAAUUAAGGCAGCAAUUUGGGAUUGUGAUAGUUCAAAGGAGCCAGGUCCUGAUGGUUUCCACUUCAACUUUAUUAAGAAAAAUUGGGAGAUAAUUAAAAGAGAAGUCAUUGAUUUUAUCAAGGAGUUUCAUGACAAAGGAAGGAUUGUCAAAGGCCUAAAUGAAUCAUUUGUGGUUCUAAUCCCUAAAGUCAGUAAUCCAGAAAAGAUUGAGGAAUUUAGACCAAUCUCACUCAUUAAUGUAAGCUACAAAAUUCUGUCAAAGCUGCUCGCCAACAGAUUGAGAAGAGUCUUGGAGGACAUAAUCGGGGAAAACCAAAUGGCUUUCAUUGCUGGAAGACAUCUGCCUGAGAGUGUAGUCAUUGCAAAUGAAGUGCUAGAUGAGGCAAGGAAAAAGAACCAAGCUUGCUUCUUCUUUAAAGCAGAUUUUGAAAAGGCAUUUGAUAAUGUUUGCUGGAGUUUUUUGGAUUUUAUGAUGGAUAAGUUAGGCUUCAAUGCAAAAUGGCAUUCUUGGAUCAAGGAAUGCUUGAGAUCAGCGUCCAUCUCUGUGUUAAUCAAUGGUUGCCCUUCUCGACAAUUUGGAAUGACAAAAGGAUUAAGACACUCCAUGUCCCCUUUUCUAUUCUUAAUUGUGGCUGAAGGCUUGAAUGGAUUAAUCUCAGAAGUAGUUAAGCAAGGACUUUUUGAAGGUGUUAAAAUUGGAAAUGGAGAGCUUAAACUCUCUCACUUGCAAUUGGCUGAUGAUACUUUGAUAAUGGGUAAAGCAACAAAGGAAAAUAUAUGGGUUGUGAAAUGUAUUAUGAGGUGCUUUGAAUUGGUGUUGGGAUUGAAGAUCAAUUAUGCAAAAAGUCAGCUGAUGAGCACAAAUGUUGAGAAGGAGUGGACAACGGAAAUGGCAUACUUGCUUAAUUGCAAGAUAUGUGAGAUUCCGUUCAGAUAUCUUGGCACUCAUGUGGGAGGAAAUUCAAGGAGUAUCUCACACUGGAAGGGUCUUGUUAAAACUUUUGAAAAGAAGCUGUCUGGUUGGAAAGGUCGAUACUUGUCUAUGGGAGGCCGGAUUACUCUCGUUAACUCUGUGCUAUCCUCACUACCCGUGUUCCAAAUGUCGACUCAUCUUCUCCCAAAAGGUACGUUGUUUAUUAUUGAUUCCAUUUGAAGAGGAUUUUUAUGGGGUAGUUGUGAGAAUAACAAAAAUAUUAAUUGGGUUAAAUGGGAAAGGGUGUGUAGAGGGAAGGAAGAGGGAGGCUUAGAGAUUAAGGGUCUUAGGUGCUUCAAUAUUGCUCUUUUGGGAAAAUGGUGGGUUAAAUUAUCUCAAGACUCAAGUUCCUUGUGGGCUAGAGUGAUUGGUGAAAAGUAUGGAAGAAAGGCAAGAAAUUGGAUUAGUAUGU